GUGACCCACUCCCUUUAAAUACCUCUCCACACACACUAAAUCCCCAACCAAGAUUUUCUGAUUUACACACAAACGCCAACUGAACCAUACCAUAUGUCUGAGUUAUCAUCAUCAUCUACCUCCACUUUGGGUGAGAGCAAUGAGGGCCAUCCACACAUGCACACGACCAAAAUUCAGGACCCAGACAUGUUAUCCCUUUUGAUCCCCAAAACCCCAACAACAUUCGAAAAAAACCAAAAGCCCCAAGAAAGCACCCAUUUUUCACUGGCCUUAAACGAGGCCAAAAGCAUAGCAAACACAGCAUUACCCAUGGUGCUCACAGGUCUAUUACUCUACUCUCGCUCCGUCAUCUCUAUGUUGUUCCUCGGUCGUGCCGGUGAGCUCGCCUUAGCCGGUGGUUCUCUCGCCAUUGGAUUCGCCAACAUCACAGGUUACUCUAUUCUCUCUGGCCUCGCCAUGGGGAUGGAACCCAUCUGCGGCCAGGCUUUUGGGGCCAAACGUUUCAAACUUCUGGGCUUCGCCAUGCAGAGGACCAUUGUUCUUCUUCUUUUAACUUCAAUUUUCAUAUCAUUCUUGUGGCUCAACAUGAAGAAGAUAUUGCUCCUCUGUGGCCAACAAGAAGACAUCGCCACCCAAGCUCAAUCCUUCAUACUCUACUCUCUCCCUGAUCUCGUCGCACAAUCAUUGCUACACCCUCUUCGAAUCUACUUGCGAAGUCAAUCCAUAACCCUCCCUCUCACAUACACCGCCUCUCUCUCUAUUCUCCUUCACGUCCCCAUCAACUACCUCCUCGUCUCUGUGUUCAAACUUGGAAUCAAAGGCAUCGCUUUAGGCGCUGUUUGGACCAAUUUCAACCUUGUCUUUUCGCUGAUUCUCUACAUCUGGGUAUCCCAGAUAUACAAAAAAACAUGGACCCCUAUUUCCUUGAAGGGUAUCUUCUGCGGUUGGAAGGCGCUUCUGAAUCUGGCAAUCCCCAGUUGCAUUUCCGUUUGCCUGGAAUGGUGGUGGUACGAAAUCAUGAUUUUACUGUGCGGGUUGUUGAUCAAUCCCCAAGCAACCGUUGCAUCGAUGGGGGUUCUGAUUCAAACCACCGCUUUGAUAUACAUUUUCCCUUCUUCCCUGAGCUUUGCCGUCUCAACACGUGUCGGGAACGAAGUGGGUGCGGAGAAUCCUAAAAGGGCCAAACUCGCAGCACUCGUGGGGCUUUGUUUCAGUUAUGUUUUGGGAUUGUCGGCCUUGUUUUUUGCUGUUUCGGUGAGGCACGUGUGGGCUUCCAUGUUCACACGUGACCGGGAGAUCAUUGCUCUGACGUCGACGGUGUUGCCCAUCAUCGGUCUCUGCGAGCUUGGGAACUGUCCGCAGACAACGGUUUGCGGCGUGCUGAGAGGAACCGCGAGACCGAAAUUGGGAGCGAAUAUAAAUUUGGGUUGCUUUUAUAUUGUGGGAAUGCCCGUUGCGGUGUGGUUGGGUUUCUUCGCGGGCUUUGACUUCGAAGGCUUGUGGCUGGGUUUGUUGGCCGCCCAAGCCUCGUGUAUGGUCACCAUGUUGUUCGUGUUGGCUCGCACCAACUGGGAGGGUCAGGUCCAAAGAGCCAAACAACUCACAUCGUAUGAUGCUACUGAGGAGGAACAUGAACAUGAACAUAAACAUGAACAUGAACAUGAACAGCAAGACAAAUCCUCAACAGAGGAAUGCUCUGAUUCAAAUGUUUGAACAAUCAUCAUCACAGUGACAUGGCGAUGACGAGGAUUCUUUCAUAUUUUGCAUUCAAUAUAUUUAUUACCCGGACGGAUUCUUUUUAGAUUCUACUAAUUUUCAUGUACAUUUUAGAGAAGAGGCAGAGCAUAAACGCAUGCACUCGUAGAACGACAAAGAACAAAUGAAUGUGUUUUGUUUCUGUUUAUAUUCAGUAAUGGAUAAAUAUUAAUCACUGGAUUGUCGACGUUGGCAGAGUUGUUACAAAAGAAAUGGUACACUAACACUAUCACUUCUAAACAUGGAAAUCGUGGAGCAUAGUCUUAAAACAUUGAUUCUGUGCCAGUUGAGAACAUGGCAACAAAAAAAAAAAAGGAAAAGUGAAACCCGUGAGACA